UGAUCAAUAAGCAACUUCCGCACAAAUUUCCCGCUUUACCGCUUUAGGACAGUAUGACGUUCGCCCCUCAUUUCUGUGCUAAACCACACAUGGGAUAGCGGCGAACCAGCCCUGAAAAGCACCUCCAGAGUAUAGGUACCAAUCUUGAUCUACUACUACACGUUUGUGAGUACGGACAAAGACAUUGGCACCAAGGGAGAAAUCGAUCAAUGGGCAGCUUUUUUCGCAGACAACGGUUGCAUGAAAAAAACCUCCCUGCGCUGGUUCGAGCCAUUGGAGGUGGCUGAAUCUCUUUGAUGGGAGUAGGGUACGAACAUGUCUCAUAGCUACCCCUGUCAAAGCGAGCACAAAGGAGCUCUACCCGGCAUAUAAAGGCUUCAGAAUGUGCAUCCCAUGUGGGUGUCACCUCCAUCUAGCGGAAUCUAGUUCUAGCCAUGUCAAGUAUCACUAUCAGAUGGCUUACUGCCGACGUAGCACGGAUCUUGGACGAAGCAGCAGUCUCCAAUGUUCUCUUUGGCUGGAUGGCUGUGAGCCUGAUCGGAAACGAUUUCGGAUUUCAGGAGAUCGACUUUGUUGUUCCUGAUAGCAAGCUCCAGACGGCUAGUGGUGCACUGAUGAGGGCCGGAUUUUCCCUUUGCACCAUCUAUAACUGCAGUGAACAGGAGCCAUGUCGCAACAAGAACACUAGCAACCAUGACGAAAUAAAGGCGAAAAAUCGGCAUCACCCUGUCGCUGCUUGUCAUUUCCACAUCAUGAAGCCUGGUCAAGCUUUGGUUUCGUUGCAUAGGGAAUCCAAACUCCUCUGGUGGCUACCGCAUCAUACCGCGAGUGACGACCACCUUUGGCUUUCGACUGAUUCCCGACUGUAUCUUGGUACCUGCCCCUGGCCAAAAUUCUAUCCGAUCAAGCUUCUGAACCCAAAAUGGCUAUUCAAGGCUGUUCUGAGUCUGCUUUGCAGGGACGGUGGCCAACCUCAGACCGGCUGGGAAAUGUGGUAUUCGAUGGCCCAGUGUUUCGUAGAGUUGGAGAAGCUUGCUGCUCAAAAGGGCAUCCCAUAUUUCCAGCCAGAGUUGAAGCCUGCUUGUGACAUUUUGUCUGUCCCUGGGCGUGUGCCUGAAUAUGCUGUGCUGUUGUUGCGCCAACUGUGUGAUCAGACCUCACUGGAACGGAGCCGGGCAGAAACAAUUAUUUUUGUGCUUAGAGGAAAGAUACCCUAGGAAAAUAUCAAUUCGCAAUGAAAACAAAAGGUUAGAGCCUUGUUGUCCAAAGACCAGCGG